UAUGUCACCUUUUAUGACAGUUGUUCCCAUGUCAUGUUGUCAUAAGUGUCAAAUUAAAUUAAACAAUAAUAUUAUUUGUUAGAUAAAAAUUGCGAAAUAAUGUUUAAAUCAUCAUAUAACAAUUAAGAAUAUAAAUUAUUGCAAUGGCUGCGGCCUUUCAACAGCAAAUCUUCGCGCUGGAUGCGAGAUUCAACGCAUACAGAGCUCCGAAUAGCCCUAAUUUUAAAACUCUGUACAUUCGACGCCGCAGUCAACUAUUACGAGAAAAUGCCAAAUUCAAGGAUAUAGAAACAAUAAAAAAGUAUAUAAAUAUUAGAAGCCAAUUGUUGCAACGGCGAUAUGGGGUGCAAGAUAAUAUUUCCAUCAGCUCUUCAUCAUCACGUCCAAGAUCAAGUAGUAAAGCCAGCCUUGCUGUUGAAGAUUCACCAUCAAAGAAAAAAAAUGAUUUGACAAUAUCAGAGAAUUAUGCCUUUUCUGGAGUUCAUCAUAUAUUUGACCAGCACUCGGAACAAGUGAGCGUAGUGAAAUUUGCAAACAAUGACCGUUCGAAGCUAUGUUGCGCGUCCAACGACGGCACGGUCUCCAUAUGUGACGUAACAGCGACUCCGCCGCGUGUCAGUGUCGUACUGGACGGACACACUAAACCAGUCACUGGAUGCGAUUGGUCGGCGUCGAACGAGUUGCUGGUAACUUGCGCGCUGGACGGACUGCUGUGCCUGUGGGAAGUGUCUGCGCGUCGACGCCUGCGCAGCGUGCGCGACCAGCUCGCCGCGCCGCUGCUGUGCUGCGUGUUUCAGCCCGCCAACAACAACAUGGUCAUUGCCGGUAAUGCACGUGGAAUGGUGGAAGUUUUGAAUGUCUCCACUGGAAUAUACCCGAGAGGUGGCAGCAGCAUACUUGGCGGCCGGGUGUUGUCCAUAGCUUGUGAAUCAAGCGGAAGAAUGUUCUGGGCCGCUAAUGAUAAGGGUAUAAUAGUGAGCUACCGUCUGGAAGGCGCGGGCGGGUCGCUGAGCAAGCUGCGGCGCUGCCUGGUGGGCGGCGCGGUCACGUGCCUCAGCUGGAGUCCGUGGCUCGCGCGACACCCCGCGCUGCUCGUCAGCGCCGCCGACAACUCGCUCUACCUCUUUAGGAUUGCGGAUCGUGACGGCUCUCUGGUACUGAAGAAGCGUUUCGACGUGAUGCACAACCAGUAUAGCGUCAAGUCGACGUUCUGUCCGAUCAUGUCGUUCCGGCGCGGCGUGUGCGUCGUCUCCGGCAGCGAGGACUCGUGUGUCUACUUUCUCGACAUAGAGGGACACAACGAGCAACCGGUUGUAAACAAAUUGCAGGGGCACGCCUCUCCAGUGCUGGGCGUCAGUUUCAGCUACGACGAGAGUCUCUUGGCCACCAGCGACGUGUCGGGACUCGUCAUUAUCUGGCGACGAAGUUAAACUCAAUAACAUUCCUACUGUAUUAUAAUGUGAUAACAAAUAAAUAAUAUCAACUUAUAUGUACCUUA